AUGGCUACGAGCAUCAUAUCCCGCGGUCAGGGUGUUCUCUCAGGGGAAGGUGAUUCCUCGCAACUGCUCCAAGCGGGAUUCACUCAGAAAGCCUUCCGCCGCUGGCUAGAGCUUUAUCCGAACGACCCGGACGCAGAACUCAUCGGCUCGUACAUCAAAGAAAGCACCGAUUCCAUCACAUCUGCCGUCUCCGAUGCCGCAGCCACCAUAGACACAUGGUCGCUGGACCGGCUUUCCAGCGGCAACAACCUCAUCACGCUCUACCAGGAAAGCAACAACGAGACGUACCGGACCGCCUUCGAAGCGCUGCGCCAGUCCAUCGACCUGCAGCCGCGCAACUCCGAGGGCGGGCUGUGGUACUACACGUACCCGAACUGGAGCUACCUGGACGGAAUGUACUCGCUGGCGCCCUUCUACACGCUCUACACGGCCCUCUUCGACGCCGCGAACAGCUCCGCCGUGCCGGACGACAUGGUACGCCAGCUCGACCUCCUGUGGCAGCACUGCCGGCUAAAUUCGUCGUCGGCCCUGCUCGUCCACGGCUACGAUGACUCGCGCACCGCCGUCUGGGCCGAUCCCGUCACCGGCGCCAGCCCGCACGUGUGGGGGCGGAGUCUGGGGUGGUACGCCAUGGCGCUGGUCGACACGCUGGAGCUGCUAUCCCGCUACUACCACGACGACGGCGACUACACUAGUGCUGCGGCAAACGGCGGGAAGAAGGAGGGACCGCAACAGCACCUGAUGAUGCAGUUCGCGGAGCUGGCGGCAGCCGUGGUGCGCGCGGCCGACGGCGCGAGCGGCGCAUGGUGGCAGGUGAUGGACCAGCCGGGACGCGCGGGCAACUACAUCGAGAGCAGCGGCAGUGCCAUGUUUGUGUAUGCCCUACUCAAGGGCGCACGUCUAGGAUAUCUUUCGGAGUCAUCUCCCGCCUCCACCCUCGUGACGGCGGCAACGGAGGAGAAGAAUGGCGGUGGCGCCCACGGCUCAGCGUGGACGCAUGUGGCAACCCGAGCGUACGAGUACCUGGUCGAAACCUUCGUCGUGAAUCAUAGAAACGGAACGCUCGGAUAUAAUGGGACGGUUUCCGUUUGUAGCUUGAACUCGACCGCUUCAUACGAGUAUUAUGUUGGUCGCCCUAUCCUUUACAACAGUGUUCUGGGCUCUGCCGCUUUCGUCCUUGCCUCGGUUGAAUACGAGGCCUUAGGCGCCGGAUCAGGAAAAUAA